AUGAAGAGUGAACUGAUUGAGUUCUUUGGGACAAACGAACCUUCGGUUUCUGAUCCGACUGUCUUGUGGUGCACUCAUAAAGCCUUCGCUAGAGGCAUUUUACUAAGACAAACCGCCAGAGCUAAAACAUUAUACAAUAAAGACAUUACAUCAACACUGGAAAAUGAAAUAGGCAAAACUAUUGAUUCCCUAAAAAAGGGGAAAUCCCCUGGUCCAGAUGGCUUCAAUGCCGAGUAUUAUAAACUAAUGUCCCCAAUCUUGCUACCUCAUUUGGUUUCCAUGUUCAAUAGUAUUUUAAAUGGUAACAGCUUCCCUCCCGAGAUGGUUAAAGCCACUAUAGCCACCUUGCCUAAAGCAGGUAAAACCCCUGAUUGGCCGACUAACUUACGGCCAAUAUCGUUAUUGAAUGUGGACGUCAAACUCUAUGCUAAAGUUUUGGCCAAUAGGCUUUCUCAACAUCUCCCUGAGGUCAUAAAUAAGGAUCAGGUGGGUUUUGUAAAGGGGCGCUUAGCUGAGGAUGGUAUCAGGAGGGUGGUGGAUCUGAUUUCAGUUGCGAGUUUGAACCGAGUGCCUUCUCUGCUCCUUUCCUUGGAUGCGGAGAAGGCAUUCGAUAGGUGCUGUUGGAUACAGAUGGUCACACUGAGCAGAUCCUUCAUUGACUUUCUCAGCCCCCCACAGAAAGUGUCUAAGAGCCCAGUCCUGGUGGUCUUCUAUCAUUGUGAGAGGAACCAGGUGGUCCAUGUUGACAUUUUAGCCUCGUCUCUCACAAAGUCCCUGGUGGGCAUAUAUAAAAAGCGUUGGACUUGCAGCCCAGAUGACACCGAGUCGGCCCGAGAGAUCCGGGUGAACUUCCCAGACCAGAUGGUCUACAGAGAGGACUAUUUCCUGAGGAGACCCAUUCAGGUGACAGACGUCCUGCUGAGGGCCUGGAUCACAGAUGACCCUAUAGACAGGUACUCACAGACUAUCUUACCGGAUCGGUACUCAUUCAGUAAUGGGGUGGUCAGAAGAUCCUACCCCAUGAAGGCACUACCACUCUACAGCCGACCCUACAAGGAGCAUCGGAGGAGCCUGCGCUGGGACCAGGACCUUCUCUGGAAUCUUACAAAGGAUAAAAUAGUACAAUGUCCAGAGGAGCAAGACGUCAUCCAGCUCCUGUCCUUCCUUUACGCCAGCACCGGGGAGAGUUAUGGAGUCAUACGGGCGCUGAAACCGUACGGAGACCGCGUGCUGGAAGCGGAAAGGCAGCGAUACUCACUGUCCCCUCGUUGUACGUUCAUCCUCUGGGUCUACGUUACACAGCGGUGCCCGACAGACUUCUGCGCAGUUUUCUACCAUCUGGACGACAACCAUGAUUACGUGACCCCUGCGAUACUGAUGACCGACACAGGUCAUCUGCACGUCCAGGUGGAGCUCCUCUCCCGGGAGGCCCAGGCGUUCCUGAGCCGGAGACCCCUCCCCCUGAACCGGUGGUGCCUGAUCCAGCUGAGCCUGGAGACCUCCCUGGGGAACCUGACCGUCAUCUGUGGAGAACACAUUGAGGAGAAGACAUUCAGAUUUCUGGAUGCGGUUUUGCUCUCGGACACGGACGGACUUUUCUAUUUGGGCGGCUCAAAAUAUGUGCAGGGGAUGAGCGGAUUCUACGGGCCGAGCGUUCACUACAGGAAUCGGAUUGUGCCCGUGUACAUGACCCCUCCUCCCCGGCUGGUAGAUGGUAUAGACCUCCCCCAGUGGUCCCAGAAGUGUCAGGACUUUCAGCAGGAAUGUUCCCAGAGGUUCCUACAUUUUCUAUCUCAGAAGACACUGACAGGAACCUGCGCGGACAUCUACCAUCAGUACCAGGCCGGCUAUGGUCCCGGGUCCUCCAGGCCGCAGUGCUCCACAUGGGACUCCCCUCCGCUCCCUCACAGAGUCCUUAUCACCAGACUGCUGAGGAGGAGGGCGAACAGGGCGGGUCAUGUGACCUUUGAUCGUGAGCUCUUCGGACGAGCCCUGCACAGAAUCUUCCUGCGGAGGGUCCUGGCUGCUGAUGGUUUCUCCAGGCUCAGACGUUCUCUUCCCCUCCUCCUCCAGGCCGGGUGUCUGGGCCAUCACCCUGCGCUGUACACGGCGGCCGUCCUGCACCAGACAGGCCUGGGGGUGAAGAAGGACACAACUAAGGCCCUGAAGUUUGUCCUCAUUGCUGCCCAGAACGAUGAGCGUCUCUCCCAGCUGUCCUUGGGGCACAAGCAUCACCUGGGGGUGGACGGGUACCCACUGGACUACGACCUGUCCUAUGGAUAUUACUCCAAUAUCGCUCGCCAGACCAUGGACGACCGCCUGCAGCCCAACAAGCACCAGACGUUUGUGGAGCUGGUCCGCCUGACAGACGAAGAAGUUCUGAAGCAGCAGACGAAGGAAAACGACGACCUCUUCAUGUGGCUGAGGUUCCAGGCCAGACAAGGGGUGUCGUCAGCUCAGCAAGCCGUCAGCCGGAUGCUCUUCUGGGGUCAGCAGGGAAUCUCCUCCAAUCCUGAGGUCGCUGUGAAGUUCUAUGAAAAGGGGGCCCUGCAGAUGAAAGACCCCGUGAUGAUGUACGACUAUGGGGUGGUCUUACUACGAGGUCAAGGAGUGAAGCAGAACGUCCCUAAGGCGUUGGAGUUCCUGAGGAAGUCAGCAGAGAUGGACUUUGUUCCGGCGCUGAACAGCCUGGGCUGGUACUACGAGCAGUAUGAGAAGGAUUACCACAAGGCCGUGGAGUACUGGGAGAAAGCCGACGAACUUGGAAACCCCGAGGCUCCAUUCAACCUGGGAAUCCUGCACUAUCAUGGGCUGAUCCCUGGACAACCCAAGAACCACUCCGCAGCCUACUUCUACUACCUGCGCUCCGCCCUCCGAGGCCAUGUUGAUGCCGCUGUGCACCUUUCCUCCUUCUGGAUAGAGGGUCUUCCGGGGGUCGUGGGUCGGCUGCCCUAUGACGCGAUGAUGUGGACUAAAUGGGUGGGAGAGCAGAACGGAUACCUGGGGUCUACACUGCGGAAAGCUCUGGAUAGUUACCUGCAGAACUCCUGGCCCGGGGCUUUCCUCCAUUAUUUUGAGGCAGCAGAGGCUGGAUUGGAGGUGUCUCAGUUCAAUGCAGCCUUCAUCUGCGAGGACGACCCU